AUGGCAACACCAAGUGCUGACUUGGAUGCCCCACAGGAUGGCGUAGCCCCUAGCAUAUCGAAACACAGGGCCUGCGAUAACUGCAAACUUCGAAAAGUGCGUUGUUCCGGAAGAAUACCGUGCCAACAUUGCCAUCGGAGCGGGAAUCCAUGCCAGUAUAGCUCACCACAUGGAAGACUAGCAAAUACAGAGAAGCGAUUAAGGCAAUGUCGAAAACGCAUCCAAGCAUUGGAAGCGGCUUGGCGGAAAUAUCUGCCCAAUAUCAAUGUGGACGCUGCAUUGGAAGAGAUGAGCAACUCAGCCCACUCUCCCUUCACCAGUCAAGCACUUCCUAGAGACGCAAGGAGCGAAUGCACUCUUUUCACCCCCAGUUCGCGACCGAUAGCCCAACCCUCAGAAGCAGAGGAGUCACUUGCACCAGCCGAAAAGCCCGAUUUAGAAGAUGCUGAUACUCUCGAUUGGGAUGAGUCUUCGGAUUCGACUUCCGUCAAUGAUGGGAUCGGCUCACUUUCUGUAACUCAACGUGGCAUCGGGUACAUGGGCCCGCAAUCAGGAAAUGCUCUUCUGAAGAAUUUACAGUCGCUUCACAUGCACCUGUUUCCAUUACAAGAGGCUGAGAUGGCAUUUCCAGGCCAAGACAAGUCGACCCUGGCUGAGGAUGUGCUUCAAUCGUCAUCAUAUUCGGACUCAUGUAUUGAUUGGUAUUUUGAACUGUAUAAUUGCGCUUAUCCCAUUCUUCAUGAAGGGUAUUUCCGCGCACAGUGCAUUGGAGUCCUUUCUAAACCGAAAGAUGGAUCGUGGCCAUUGCUAUAUAAUAUGGUCCGCGCAAUCGGUGCCUUUACCGGCGACGCUUCGAAUCAUAAUGCCGACCACUUUUUCUACGGAAUCGCAUCACAGCAUCUCUCUCUUAGCCUCUUGCAACGAGGCUCUUUACCAUUGUUACAAGGUCUGACCCUGAUGGCCAAUUACCUGCAGAAGCGUAAUCGACCGAAUAGUGGGUUUGCAAUGCUCGGUUUAGCCAUGAACAUGGCACAAAGUAUUGGCAUGCACCGAGAAUUUUCCACGACCAGCAUCAGCCCAUUUGAGAUGGAAAUGAGACGUCGUGUGUGGUGGACUAUUUAUAUAUUCGAUUCUGGUGCGAGGCUGACAUUUGGUCGGCCUACCCUAUCCUUGGGCGGGGUUAAUAUGCAACUCCCGCACAACCUCAACGAUAGAGACCUUGUUGUCGAUAUGGUCCAACUUCCAGAACCUCGGGACACCCGUACAGUAGCUUCCAGCCUUAUAUGGCAGUCCAAACUCGCCUGUAUAACCAAUCUGGCCAACAUGAAACUCUUCGAGAGCAAAUUACCGCCUGCUCCUGUGAUGCUUAACCUCGGAAAUCAGGUCAACGAAUGGUUUGAUUCUCUGCCUCUCUACAUGAAGACAAGUCCUGAAAACCCAGAAUACGAAAGGAUGGAAGCUCCUAGAAUGGUGUUAGUUUGGCGAUCGAUGCACCUUCGCAUCAUCAUCUACCGGCCCUUUAUUCUGGACCUGAUCAGACGACGCCAACCGUUGGAUUUGCGCAACGUUAAUGAACCUCCUCGCAGGUGCGUUGAAGCUGCACAGGGAUGCAUUUCGUCCAUUGUCAUGUUUUGGCGUAGUGGCAGAGAUCGACAUAGAGCAUUAGUCUGGUACGCCUGUUACUGGCUGGUCACUGCGACGUUUGUCCAUGUUGCUUGCUUACUAUAUGAUCCCCAACACGAAUGUUCUUUUGAUUGGAGGCAAGAAGUUGAGGGAGCUCAGUUGGCGCUCGAGGAGAUGGGUGUCUUUGAGCAAACCGCUGCUCGUGCAGCGAGGAUCAUCAACAAAGUUAUGGGUGAGUCACUCAGUCUCUUCUACGUUGGACGGAUUGUUUGUUAA